GCCUGGCAUAAUGGACUCAAACUUGCAAUCUCCAGCCCAUGACAAUACUGACAAAAAUGCAUUUCGCAAGCCUUCUGGAGACUCAUCUCAUAGGAAUUAUCGCCGUCAUUCUCCAGCUGAUGGAUUGCCGUCAUCUGAUGGUAGCCCCAAGCAUGAUCGCAGCACGGAUCCAAAUCCAUCAGGGGGAGGCUCUGGAAAUGUCUCUGACAAUCAUGCAAGGAAGGAUGAUGGCAGGGAAGAAGAAAGAGAUUAUGGCAAGAAUCACCAUGGCAGGAGCAGUGAUUCUUUUAGACAUUCUGAUCGACUGUCAUCCCGGAGCUCCUAUGGUCACUCUAGAAAUGAAGAAUACAAUAGAUAUGACAAGUAUGCCGAUGAAGACAGAUACCAUGAGAGGCUAUCUUCUCGCUCUGGACUUGAGUCAAGGGGUGAUCAUACAAGAGAAGGGAGUGAUAAUAGGUCCAAAGAUCAUCUACGAGCUGUGGACAAAUAUUCACGUGACAAGUAUGAUAGGUCAGAGUAUAGGGGUUCAGAUUAUAGGAGCAAAGAAAAGGAUAGAGAAACCUACUCGGAGCAUCUAAAAUAUAAAGGGAAGGAUUCUUUAUAUGACAGAUCUCGAUCUGGAAGGAAGCAUUCUCCGUACGAUGAUGUGGAAAGGGAGAGGCGUUCAAGGGACAGUGAUUAUCGAGAUGAAAGAAGAGAUUCACACAGAAGUUAUAGAGAUUACAGAAGUGAUCGGGCAGUCUCCUAUUCUGAGUCAAGGAGCCAAAGAGAUGACCCAGGUUCACGGAAAGACAGUGCUAAAUAUCGUCUAAAAGAAGCUUAUGAAAGUGAACAAAAGGAACUGGACAGUAAGAGGUUUGGUAGGGACUCUCAGAUUAGCGAGGACCUUGAUAGAAACACCAGAAAAACUGGGGAGCAAAUCAGUAAUGAAGAUAGAGAAUCUUCUGCCAAAAAAACGAAGUUGUUUGGCACUGAAUAUGGAGAUGAAAGCCAGACUUCAAUUUCGAAGCAUCCUCAGGAGAGUAAUGUGAAUUUAGGGACUACCCAGGGCAGUGGUUCAGAGUUUGCCAAUGAUCUAAAUAGUGCAAAGGUUGCAGCCAUGAAAGCAGCUGAAUUAGUUAAUAAGAACCUAGCUGGCGCUGGUUGCUUGACUACUGACCAAAAGAAGAAGCUCCUGUGGGGCAGCAAGAAGAAUACACCAGCAGAGGAGUCUGGUCACCGCUGGGAUACAGCACUGUUUUCUGAUAGGGAACGUCAAGAGAAGUUCAACAAACUCAUGGGUGUGAAGGGCGACCCCCAGGUGGAGCAAAGAUCCAACGAUCAAAAUGUGGAGAAGCAGAGGGAACAGCUCCAGAUGGAUCUAGAGAAGCAGUACACUGCAGGUCUUCGUCGGCGAGAUGGCCGUACAGUUGGAUUAGGACUUUAAACAUUCGCUCAACAGCUUUCCCAUCGUUUGACCUGCACUAUGGUGGUUAUUACGCUUCCCUGCUCUGGAGGAUUUUGUUACUUGUUUGUUUUAUUUGGGAGCAUGAUUUGAUGUCAGCCACAUGGAAUCUUGGCAGUUGUUGGGAGUUUUCUAGUAGACAGAAACUCGUUUAUGUUAUGGAUAUUCUUGUAAUUGGAGGUCAAAUUUUAUCUUGUAAUGCGUAUAAAA